ACCCUUUUGAGACCUAGUUCCUGGGACCUUUUUUGUGUAUCAUAUACUCUUGCACUACCCUCCACAGGACGGAUAUGGAGGUCACAAUAGACUAGCAAUUUCGGUGGCAAAAUCUAAAUCUAAAUCUGAUCCACACUGCUAGACAUUAUUCAAUUAUCCAAGAUUCAGUUCUACAAAAUUUACAACACAAAAGCACUACUAAAGUUUAAAAUUAAGCAUGAGAGACUAAAUAAAUAUAAAAGAGGAGUGUGUGUAUGUAUGUACAUAUAAUGUAGUGUAGUCUGCUGUGGUGUGAGUCACCAGUCAAACUGCUGCUGAAGUGGGCGGUAUCUCCCUCUCCUCUUUAUACUUGCUAACAUACAGAUUGUGAAGACCCACAUAGCCUUGGAGAUGUAAAUAAAAAGGCUUCGAGGAAAAAUAUUUCGAUUGUUUCCUGAAGCUAUUUGAAUAUUCAGUUUCUCCUGCCACUCCAUCUUAUUUUUUCACCAGAACUGCAAGACUAUGGAAGAUCUGAGAAGUGAAUGGGACGCUGCUACCAGCUUUGCUGCAGGUGCUGUGAGCGAGCGCUGGUGGAGCACCGUCAGUCGUCAGUACACAGAGGAAGGCCGGGUGUACCAUGGGCAUGCUUACCUUGCUCAGUUAUUUUCUCUUUAUCAUCAGUAUGAAGAAAAGCUAACUAAUCCUCAAGCUUUGGCAUUAGCCACAUUUUUCCACAAACUGGAGUAUAACCCACGUUGUGGUGACUCUGACAUCAAGAACAUCGAGAGGUUUGACGAAUUCAUCUCAGAGGCAGGAGAAGGCCAACAGGAUUCAUCAUUGGCAGUAGCAGUACGUUCAUUGCUGGAGGCUUCAGUUAGUAACUUAACAGAUGCCCACAUGAUGGAGGGAGGCUCUGGCUCAGAUGAUGUCCACUACUUCUUGGAUUUUACCACAGCAGUGUUAGGGGUCCCAGCACCAGAAUAUGAUCAGUACACCACUAAGAUUCAAGCUGAAUAUAUUCAUCUUCCUACAAAUGCAUACAACCAGCUUAGACUUAAAAUGCUAAAGAAUUUAGUCCUGAUGCCUAAUAUAUAUGCAACAAGAGAGUUCCAAACUGAACGAGAAAAAACUGCCCGGGAAAAUAUCCAGCGUGAAGUAGAAAAUCUCCAAGCCUAAGUUUACCUUAAUUUAAAUACAAUUUAAUAAAUAUUACAGUAA